CAAGUAAUUGGCUUACAAACGCCACCUUGAUGGAAAUUUCUAUAAACGUUUUUAUUUUCAUUUUGUACAGUUUGUUUAUUUUAUAUUUGCAGCAUUUUGUGAACAGAUAUACGGAAUUCGUACGCAGUCUUUAGAUAAUCAUGCUGGGACUGCAAUCCUACGGCAGCUCAUCCGACAAUGACUCGGACAACG